CCUCCCCACCCCCGUACCCCACGACGCAACUCGCAACCAUGGCAGAGUUCGCGAGCACACAGGACAACAACUUUGUCCUCGCAGACGACCUCAUGCGCGAUCGCGCGAGGCAGUUUACAGAGUUUCUCGAGGAUGAGCGCCAAAUAAACUACAACUACCGCGAGGCGAUCCGCCGCAUGCUCGACCUUGAGCAGAACCGACUCAUCGUCAACCUCGACGACCUGCGCGACUAUGACCGGUCGUACGCGGAUGGAUUGCUCCUCGAGCCAACGUCCUACGUCCCCGCCAUCGAGUCGGCCCUCCAGCAGCUCGUGGCCGGAUUGCACGACCCCUUGAAGCACAACAUCACGGGCAAGGAGUACCACGUCGGCUUCCGCGGCUCGUUUGGCCAGCAGCACGUCAACCCGCGUACCUUGCGCGCCAGCCAGAUCGGCAAGAUGAUCUCGCUUGAGGGCAUCGUCACCCGCUGCUCCUUGGUCCGCCCCAAGAUGCUCAAGUCGAUCCACUACUGCCCCGACACAACAAAGUUCCACUCGCGCUCGUACCACGACUCGACCAUGAUCGCGCCGUCAUCCACCCUCACAGGCUCGACGACCGUCAUCCCUCAAGAUGACGGAGAGGGACACCGCCUGCUGAUGGAAUACGGCCUCUCCACCUUCCGCGACCACCAGGCCAUCAACAUCCAGGAGAUGCCUGAGCGCGCCCCGGCCGGUCAGCUCCCGCGCAGUAUCGAGAUUGUCCUUAGCGAUGACCUCGUCGACGUCUGCAAGCCCGGUGACCGUAUCCAGCUGGUCGGCGUCUACAAGAGUCUUGGUGGUGGCCAGGGUGCCCGUGGCUUCACGACUCAGCUCAUCGCCAACAACGUCCUCCUUCUGUCGUCCAAGCAGGGUGGUGGUAUCGCCCAGGCCCCCCUCACCGACACGGACAUUCGCAACAUCAACAAGGUCUCCAAGAAGAGAAACGUCAUCGACCUCUUGUCGCAGUCGCUCGCGCCGUCCAUCUUCGGCUUCCAGUACAUCAAGCAGGCCAUUCUUCUCCUCCUGCUCGGUGGUGAGGAGAAGAACCUCAAGAACGGUGGUCACAUCCGUGGUGACAUCAACGUGCUCAUGGUCGGUGACCCGUCCACUGCCAAAUCUCAAAUGUUGCGCUUUGUCCUCAACACUGCGCCACUUGCCAUUGCGACGACUGGCCGAGGAUCCUCCGGUGUCGGUCUCACGGCCGCGGUCACCACGGACAAGGACACUGGCGAGCGUCGUCUCGAGGCUGGUGCCAUGGUGCUUGCCGACCGUGGUGUCGUGUGUAUCGACGAGUUUGACAAGAUGUCGGAUGUCGACCGAGUGGCUAUUCACGAAGUGAUGGAGCAGCAGACGGUCACCAUUGCCAAGGCUGGUAUCCACACGACCCUCAACGCCCGCUGCAGUGUCGUCGCCGCUGCCAACCCGAUCUACGGCCAGUACGAUGUUCACAAAGACCCUCACAAGAACAUUGCCCUGCCCGACUCGCUUCUGUCACGUUUCGACUUGCUGUUCGUUGUCACCGAUGACUCGGACGAGCAGCGUGACCGCCAGAUCUCGGAGCACGUGCUGAGGAUGCACCGCUACCUCCAGCCUGGUGUCGAGGAGGGUACGCCCGCUGUCGAGAACCUGCAGCAGAACCUCGACGUCGGCGGUGACGUCGAGGAGUCGCGCACGACCGAGACGCCCGUGUUUGAAAAGUGGAACCCCCUCCUGCACGGCGGUGUUACAACGUCGUCUGGCCGCGGUGCCAACAAGAAGAAGGAGGUGCUCACCAUCGCCUUCAUCAAGAAGUACAUCCAGUACUCGAAGAGCCGUAUCCACCCGACCUUGACAAAGGGCGCCGCCGACUACAUUGUCAGCGUGUACGCUGCACUGCGUAACGAUGACCUGGCCAGCAACCAGCGCCGCACUUCGCCCCUGACAGCCCGUACGCUCGAGACGCUCAUCCGUCUCGCCACUGCCCACGCCAAGGCUCGUCUCUCGUCCACAGUUACCUCGGACGAUGCCCUCGCCGCCGAGGAGCUCCUCCGCUACGCCCUCUUCAAGGAGGUGAUCCGCCCCGAGCGUCGCAAGCGCCGCAAGCUCAACCCCGGAGCUGGUUCCGACGCCUCCUCUGACGAGGAGGACGAGGAGGAGGAAGAGGAGGGUGCCGAGGUGACGGCGUCGCAGCGCGAGAAGGCGGCCGAGAAGGCCAAGCGUAUCGAGCGGACAUCCCCUCAGCGCCCCGGCCGGCCAUCACGCCGACGUGGCGCGCCGUCUGCCACGCCAGCCCCCGCAGCCGACGCGGACGCCGAGGCUGUCGACCAGGACAUCGACAUGGCAGAGGUGGAGGAGGAGGAGGGCUCGGCGACAAUCGACCCUGCCCGCCUUGACCUCUUCCGCGCGCGCAUGAGCGCCGUGUUCGAGUCGGAUGUCGCAGCCGAAGGCUACGCGACGUUUGAGGACCUCCUGCCCGAGGUCAACAAGGAGUUGAGCCACGAGGACAUGUUUAGCACGGCGCAGGCCAAGGCGGCCAUUGCUGCCAUGGCUGAGCGCAACGAGCUGAUGGAGGCCGACGGCACCGUGUACAAGGUUUAAAACGAGGCGUUGUCGUGUUUGUAUUUCUUAUGCUAC